UUUUCUGGGAAUUUGAAUGGUUAAUGCCUUUGAAUGUAUUUUCCUUAAUUUCCCAAAAUAGGCAUUGUCCUUGGCUUACCUGCAUAAAUGGCACCUCAGGUAACUAUCCGGCGAGUGAGCUAGGUAAGUUUCGCUCUACACUGGCGGGCGAAAAAGAGUGCCUGGUUCAGGCUUAGCUAAUUUCCUUAACAUUUCAGAUUAUCUAAUGCCCCACGACAGCGCGUGCCUGCUUUGAAGUGGCCAAGAAAGUGCUAAAAGUUAGCCUAACAUGCAUUGGGCCCACUUUCAGUUUCGCCCCCAGUUGCCGCCUGACCAAGUUUCCGAGCGCCAUUCAUUUGGAAAGACUGGCUGCAAUCAAUAACAAAUAAAACACGUAGCUACAACAAAUUAUGUAGUGGCUUAAUUUUAGAACGGAAAAAAGGAGCAGACAAGCGCACGAUAUCCUGACCGAGUUUCGGCAGCCGCACGCCCCCACAAUCCGGCUACUGUCCUCACUGUGCCACUCGUCCUUUCACUCGCGCCAAACGCCCGUUCAGGUGAGCACACAUUAGCCGAGGCGACGCGCCGCGACUGUCGUCCAGGUAACGUUCGCUAUGAAAACUAAACGAAAAUAGCAAAACAAAACAGACAUGAAACAAAGCGCCAAGCAGCCGCCGAUGACAUGAAAGUUCUGAAAAUUCAAACAGGCAGACAACGACAACGCGCGACGGCGACGGAUACAUUGAGGGACAGACACGUCCCCAAGUUAACAUAAACUGAUUAUAUCAUCAACAAAGACAUCAUCAACGCAACAGCAGCACCACCACCAGCCAAAGGACCAGAGCUCCGCAGCGACGACAGCAGCGCUCGACACUCGCAGCCACACUGGGGAACUGCAUAGACAUCGACUCCGUGGCAGUGGUGCAACACAAGCUGGUGCAUAGGAUUGUAGGUGGCAAAAUGUCGACGCCAGUGCUGUACUAUCUACCUCCGAGUCCGCCCUGUCGCAGUAUUCUGCUGCUGGCCAAAAUGCUCGAUCUGAACUUCGAGCUAAAGAUUGUCAACAUACUGGAGGGGGAGCAGCUGAAGCCCGAAUUCGUGGCCAUGAAUCCACAGCACUGUGUGCCCACCAUGAACGACGAGGGAUUGGUGCUGUGGGAAAGUCGCGCUAUACUCUCAUAUUUGGUUGCCGCCUACGCCAAGACGGACGAGCUGUACCCCACAGAUAUACGAGUGCGAGCUCUCGUGGAUCAGCGGUUACACUUUGACCUGGGCACUCUCUAUCAGCGCCUCACCGACUUCUAUUUUCCCACAAUGUUCAUCGGCGCCCCCCUGGACGAGGGAAAACGAGCCAAGCUGACCGAAGCUGUAGGCUGGCUGAAUUCAAUACUCGAAGGUCGCGAAUUCGCAGCUGCAGAUCAUUUCACCAUUGCGGAUUUGACGCUUCUUGUUACUGUCUCCCAGCUGGAGGCCUUCGAAUUCGAGCUUAAGAUCUACAAGCAUGUCAAGCAAUGGCUGGAACGAUGCAAGCAGCACAUGGCGCCCUACGACUACGAAGAACUCAAUGCCAGCAAAGCGGCUAUGUUGGCCGACAUGUUCAAGGCUAAGAUGAAACAAACAGGUGGCACGUAAUCAUAUAAUAUUCCUAAAUAUAAUUUAGUUUUUAAUGUGUGUGUGUGUAUGUUAAAGUUAUAUUAAAUAAAUUUUUAGGUUUUGGCUUUCAAUGAAUAA